UACCUACGUUCGAUUCUGGCCGCAACUUUUUCUCUUCUCUCUCUCUCUCUCUCAUUCUUUAUUCCUCCCCUUUUCCUUCGUCCUAUCCCCGAGACCCAGCUCGAGCUCUCUCCCUCUUCCUCACUCCAAAACCCUGAACCCAAAAUAGAAAACCCAUUACAAAAAUGGCGGAUGCUAUCGAAUUACUCCGUAAUUUCCACAAAUUUCCCAUUUUGGCACCGACCCAUUUGCGACAUGCAACCCAAAAGCCUAUUUCUGUUCUGGGUUUCUCUGAUUAUUACAGCUCGGGAAGGAAAUUUGCGCUUUGUUGCAGAGCCCUCGAUGCGAAAUCCGUGGAUGCGGAGAGGUUCUCUUUGACUUCCUCGAGCAAAUCUGAUGUGGAUUACCUUGGGGAGAGCACCAAAGGCGAUUUGAAUGUGAAAAAAGAGCAUCUUGAGGCUCUUGGUAUCGAUGGUCAGCUUACCCUAGAUGGCCCAAUUGAAGAGAUAGCGAGGGUUGAAGCUAGAGAAGCAGAGAUGCUGCUUAGCGAUCUGGGGAUACCGGGGCCAUUUUCUUCAAGACAUUCUCCUCGUGGUAUAUUUUGCACCAGGACAUUAAAUCUACGUUCAAUCAGUGCAAUUGGUUACGAUAUGGACUAUACUUUGAUUCACUAUAACGUUAUGGCAUGGGAAGGCCGUGCUUAUGAUUAUGGAAUGGCCAAUCUCAAGAGCAUGGGGUUUCCAGUUGAUGGCCUCGAAUUUGAUCCUAACUUGGUUAUCAGAGGUCUCAUCAUGGAUAAAGAGAGAGGCAAUUUAGUUAAGGCUGAUCGCUUUGGCUAUGUGAAGCGGGCUAUGCAUGGUACCAAUAUGCUGUCAACUAAGGCUGUAAGCGAGAUUUAUGGGAGAGAACUGGUUGAUCUUCGGAACGAAAGUCGAUGGGAAUUUCUGAAUACUCUCUUCUCUGUGUCAGAAGCUGUAAUGUAUAUGCAGAUGGUUGACAGAUUGGAUCAAGGGGCUAUAUCAUCUGAACUUGGACCAUUUGACUACAAAGGGCUUUUCAAGGCUGUUUCUAAAGCCCUUUUCAGAGCACAUGUUGAAGGCCAACUUAAGAGUGAGAUAAUGGCUGAACCAGAACGGUUUGUGGAGCCUGACCCAGAGCUCCCUUUGGCUCUUUUGGACCAAAAAGAGGCUGGGAAGAGGUUGCUAUUAAUUACCAACUCAGACUAUCAUUACACGAACAAGAUGAUGCAUCAUGCCUUCAAUAGGUUUCUUCCUAAUGAUAUGACAUGGCGUGACCUUUUUGACAUGGUCAUUGUCUCCGCAAGGAAGCCUGAAUUUUUUCAAAUGUCGCACCCUUUGUAUGAAGUGGUUACAGAUGAUGGACUAAUGCGCCCCAGCUUUAAGGCAUGUUCAGGUGGCUUAUACUCAGGUGGAAGUGCUCAGAUGGUAGAGAAAUCCCUUGGUGUUCAUGGCGAUGAGAUAUUAUAUGUCGGAGACCAUAUAUUUACAGAUGUAAGCCAAUCCAAAGUUCAUUUGCGGUGGCGGACAGCUUUGAUUUGCAGAGAACUGGAAGAUGAGUUUAAUGCUCUGAUCCAUAGUCGAAACAACAGAUCAGGUCUUGUAAAACUGUUGCAUCAAAAGGAAAUAGUAGGGGAUCUAUUUAAUCAGCUUCGUCUUGCUCUACAGCGUCGGCUCAAAGGUCGUCCUGCUCAGACUCUUGCUGCGACUAAUAUGGAUGAUCAAGAACUGACUGAAAGCAUGCAGAAGUUGCUUAUUGUUAUGCAAAGAUUGGAUGAGAAAAUUGCACCCAAGUUAGAAGCAGAUGGGGAACACUUCAGUAGAAGGUGGGGUUAUCUGUCUCGUGCUGGUCUGUGGGAUAAGAGCCACCUUACAAGACAAAUCGAGAAGUAUGCGGACAUAUACACAUCCAGAGUUUCAAACUUCCUUCACUACACACCCUUCAUGUAUUUCCGUGCACAGGAACAGACAUUGGCUCAUGACUCGUACUAUUACUCAACAUCCGACAUCAACGGAUUUGCAGCUGAUGAGCUGACUGGAUCAUGACCCCUGUAAGCUAUUUCAUAUUAUCUCCAAUAAAGAUGUUCCACGAUGAUUUUAUGCGUCCCUACCUACCUCAUUAAUAUUUUGUAAGAGUUAAAAUAAGUGGGAAAGGGACCAAUUAAAGCUCUACUAAUCUACAUUCGUCGGUCGAAAAUGCAUCGAGUAAUCAAAUUGUGCUUUCUAGGAGCAUAAAAAGACUGGACAGAUCAGUGUAUGAUACUGAAAUUUUGACGCAGUAAUAUUUAUAGAGUUUCUCUACUCGCCUUUUCUUGAGCUUAUGUCUGUUAUGAUGAAAUGUCUGUUAUGAUGAAACUAUGAUACGCAAUCAUGUACGGAGAAGAGGCUUGUUCUUCUUGUAAUUUGUCAUUGUCCUCAAUCUUAGUUUCCUAUGAGCAUUUAUUUCAGGAUCA